UGAUGGUCGGUGUACCGGUGCUACCUGCUGGUUUGUGUCCUGUUGUCUUCCUCCUGGUCCCUCCAGCGUUCCUGUGAUGGUGAAGAGGAGAAACACCGGCCGCCGUGCUUCACACGACAGCUAGCCUCCUGGGAGGCGAGUCCCAAUGCCAUGGCCUCCAGCCACAGCUCCUCCCCAGUGCCUCGCCCUGGCAGUGGAGGCCGAGACGGGAUCUACCGCAAGGACCGGGAUCCCUCCCCCCUUCGAUGCCGGACCAUCCGCUCCCUGCCUGAUGUCUGCCCCAAGGAGCCCACCGGUGAGGGGCGGGGCCUGUGCAACGGACCGUCCGUCGUGGCGGAGCACGACCGGUGGACGGUGUACAGCUCGAAGGUCAACCUCCCGGCGGCGCUGAACGACCCGCGGCUCGCCAAACGAGAGUCGGACUUUUUUACCAAAACAUGGGGGCUGGACUUCGCGGAGACGGAGGUGAUGCCCUCCUUCUACCUCCCCAGCAUCACCAGGGAAGACUUCGGGCCCUACCUACAGGAGAUGGCUCAGAGGGAACGAAUCCACGAACGCUGCAAGACGAUCUGUCCCAACAAAGACGACGUGGACGCCGUCUCAAGUAUCACCACCAACCACGACAAAUCCAGAGCUGAGCUGGAACAAGUCCCCAAGAUUUUUAUGAAGCCUGACUUUGCCCUGGAGGACCCGGCCACCUUCAACACGGUCCUGCCCUGGUCACACUUCAACAGCGCCGGUGGGAAGAGCAGCAGAGACGUGGCUUCGUCCAAACUGCUGCAGGAAAAGCUGAGCCACUACCUGGAUGUGGUGGAGGUGAGCAUAGCUCGCCAGAUCUCGCUGCGCUCCGAGGCCUUUUUCCACGCCAUGUCCUCGCAGCACGAGUUGCAGGACCGACUGCAGGAGACGCAGCGGGCUGUGGCCGUCCUGCGGGGCCGGACGGCAGCCAUGGACCGGGUCAUGUGCCAGGGGCCCCUCCAGGCCCUCCGCACCGCCAUGACUCGCAACAACUGCGUGAAGCUGCACAACAAGCUGAAGCUGAUGGCGGCGGUGCAUCAGACGCAGCCCACUGUGCAGCUGCUGCUCUCCACCUCCGAGUUUGUCGGAGCGCUGGAGCUCAUCGCCACCACCAAGGAGGUGCUGCAGCAGGAGCUGCAGGGAAUACACAGCUUCAGACAUCUGGGCUCCCAGCUGUGCGAGCUGGAGAAGCUGAUCGAUAAGAUGAUGGUGGAGGACUUCAGCAUGUAUUCCCGCAGCGACCUGAACCGAAGUCUGAAGGACGAACCGCAGGUCCUGGAGAAGGAGCGUCUGGAGUCGCUGGUGUUCGGUCUGCUGAGACAAAGGAAGCUGGACUUUCUGGAUAUCUACAGCGACGAGAUGAUUCUGGCCGCCAAGACCCUCGUUACGCAGUGUGUGGCGGAAAGCGUCGUGAACAUUGAAGACAUUGACCAUGAAGUCGUCGUUAAGCAAGCUGACCAGAUGCGCCUGAUGACCUUCCCUCAGUGGUUCGAGCUGCUGAAAAGCGUCUUUGAGAGUUUCCUUUUUUUCCUGCAGAGAAUCAAGGCCACUCUGAACGUGGUCAGAAAUGUGGUUCUGGAGGUUCUGAACUCCAACCAGAGGAACCGGCUCCUGGAGGAGGCCAGUUCAGGGGCGUCGGGCCGAGAGGCUUCACAGAGCCCGUCGGUGCUGCAGGGGGAGGCCGAGCUCGCCUACCUCACCCACGAGGGUCUGUUCAUCAGCGACGCCCUGAACGAGGCCCAGCAGCAGCAGCAGGCAGUGCUGGCCGCCCAGGACCAGAGCUCUACGGUGGGCUCCAGGAUCCAGCAGGGACGGGUGGAGACCGCAGGCGGCGACUUGACCUCUGGAGCCUCAGAGAUGUCCGCCAGCAGAGAGCAGAACAUCAUGUCUGGUGAGAACAUGAUGCCCACCGAGCUGGAGCUGAACCGUGUGGUCAACAACGUCCAGGAGCUGCUGUACACCGCCUCCGAUGUCAGCCACGACCGCUGCGUCAAAGUGCUCACAGCCAGAGCCAAAGACGGCUCUCUGGAGCGUCUGAGCUCGGCGGAGUUCGUGUGCCUCUCGCAGGCGGUGGAGGGUUUCGUCAGGGACACGGAGGAACUGUGCGGCAGGCGAAGCGUCUCCCUGAGGGGGGCGCUGCAGAGCCAGGCCAACCGCUUCGUCCACCGCUUCCACGAGGAGCGCAAGACCAAACUCAGCCUCCUCCUGGAUAACGAGCGCUGGAAGCAGGCGGAGGUUCCUGCAGAGUUUCAGGACCUGGUGAACUCCAUCGCUGAUGGAAAGAUAACACUACCGGAGCGUAAAACCCCAGGUCCUGAUGACAGGAAACCCGCCGAGUUUCUGCUCGUUAACGGGCAGAAGUAUGCGGUUGUUGGAACGGUUCUGCUGCUGAUCCGGAUCUUUCUGGAAUACUGUCAGUGUGUCAACGACAUCCCGUCCAUCGCCACCGACAUGCUGACACGUCUGUCGGACCUCCUCAAGCACUUCAACUCUCGGAGCUGCCAGUUGGUUCUGGGAGCCGGAGCUCUGCAGAUCGUUGGCCUCAAGACCAUCACCACCAAAAACCUCGCGUUAGCUUCCCGCUGUCUGCAGCUGGUGGUUCACUACAUUCCCAUCAUCAGAGCUCACUUUGAGACCAAGCUGCAGCCCAAACAGUUCAGCGUCCUCAGACACUUUGAUCACAUCACCAAGGACUACAACGAUCACAUAGCAGAGAUCUCUGCCAAGCUGGUGGCCAUCAUGGACAGCCUGUUUGAGAAGGUUUUAUCACGGUAUGAAGUUAAAGCUCCGAUGCCGUCGGCCUGCUUCAGAAACGUCUGCAAGCAGAUGGCAAAGAUGCACGAAGCCAUUUAUGAGCUUUUACCUGAAGAACAGACGCUGAUGUUGUUUCUAAGGAUCAACGCCAGUUUUAAAAUGCACCUGAAGAGGCAGCUGGCUCGACUCGGGGUCAUUAAUGACGGAGGUCCACAGCACGGGCUGGUGGUGGUGGACGUGGCCUUCUACACGGAGAACGUCCAGGCGCUGAAGAGCCUCGAGAGACUGGACCUGAACAUGGCGGAGAUCUGGGAGCAGAAGAGGUGAUGCAGGACGGAGUGUGAACGUCCAGGACUGACCAACCCGGCGAUGGGGGGCCGACGUCAGGGGCCGACGGCGGCCGGCUGACGGUGGAGGAGGCCCAGAGGGACCAACAAUACAAAACUGGAAGAAGAGCAGCAGCAGCAACAGCGGCAGCAGCAGCGGCAUGCCGGAGCUCCAACAGCUUCACAGACUUGAUCACAGAGCCUCCUGACAAGCUGCUGCCACCUCAUCUCACUGUGUGCAAUCAAACAGAAACACUAGUAAAUUAUUAGACAGUUUUAGUGGGAGCACACUGCAGGGUGUGGAUCGCGUUUCAUGAACGGACGGUAAUUUAUUUUUCUGACUCACGGAAAGUAUUCUGUACUGUGGCGGACUUUUUCCUCCGGGGGCAGGUGGGGGGGCGGGACGCUGACGCCGAGGGGUUUUUAUUAUUAACACUGAACAGGACCUGUCAUGUCGCUGGUUUCACGGACUUUUGAGAAAACUUCACAGUUCAAAGAGUCGAGGUUCAGGAGGUCGAGUCUGGAAAGAAGACGGUUUGCAGAAUGUGACGUAUGAAUAUCAGCUGUUGAUUCAAGCUCUUGUCCUUCUGCUGGGGUUUGAGUUCAUCUGCACGAGCGUUUAGUUCCAUCCGAGGCUGAAACGGCAGAACAGGAAAUCAGAUUUAUUUGAUUAAAAUUGAAUAUCCGACGACAUGUGAAUUAAAAACUGUAGGGAUCGAACAUCCACAUGUCCCAGAAGCCCUCAGUGUUGACUGGGUCAGCGAACCGGGAUUCACUGGACAUGAUCUCAUUACUCUGCUCUCUAGAAACACGACCUGCACGACGAGCAUGAUCCCAACCAGAGUCUAAAGUGACACCGUUUAGAAGCCGUAAAGUCAGAUUUUCUGAUGAGUUUUAUUUUAUUAAAAUCUCUUUAUUCUACGCGUCUCACUCAGAAGUUUGUCAGAAACAGACUCGCUUCAGAUCCUGUAAACCGUCAGUAACUCGGCUGCAGCAGUCGUGACAAGAGUUCUGAGAGUUUUCAGGUGUUUGGACUGAGAGGGAAAUAAAACCGACUUGAUCGAUGGCGUGUCACCAACAGUAGCUGUUGGAAGACGCCUCCAGCUCGGUGGAAGAUCUUCAUGCAGCUCACGUGCAGAGUCGAGUUUUUUUGUGGGGAAAAUAUACGUGUUGGUUCCAUGUUUCUAAACCACAAAUUCAACUGUUUUCUUUUUUUUGAUUGGCAUCAUAACCAAAAGAAUGGUUUUAAUUCUCUCUCCUGGCUGUUUCCACGGAGGUGUUUUUAUUGCAGUGAAUAACGUGAGCGGGGCAAAAAGUCCUGAAACUGUCUGGAGCUCAUCUGCAUCCCCUCCCAACUACAGCAGACAUCAGGCCCUCUUUGUUCACGACUCGUUCUGCCACAUGGGUUCUUCAAACAUUAGAUUUUCUCUACUGAGCUGUCCCGAUGCAGCCACAUCAGCGGUAUGAACACUCCAGGCUGAAGCUAAACAGAGAAGCUCACAGGCUCUCCUCACACCACACGGCUGCUCUCCUGGCUUCUGUUUGACUUUUAUAUGAUUUUAACCAGAUCACACGUUUUUCAAUCAUCCCGAGUUAACCUGAUAAUAAGCAGCAUCCUGACACAACGGUUUAACUCUAGCCUCAGCUGUUGGUGAAGAAGCGAGUCGUGAUGUGACCACAGCUGUCAGAGAACUGAACGUAUGAACUCUCAUCACUGUCUGCUUCAGAAGUGCCUCCUUUUGAUCGACUGUCAGAGCAUCUGAGCCUCCACUGCAGUGUGCCUGCCAUACCACUGUGUGUGACUGUGUGAGAGUGUGUGAGACAGACAGACAGACAGACGACUAACUCUGCUGUGUUUGGAUGAGGAGGGCAGUAUGUGUGUGAAUGUCCAGAAUACCUUGAAUCCUUCAAACCUGCUGUGAAUAAAACAGGACGACGGA